GCAGCCGCCCGGCGCGGUGUGGGGAGGCGGCCGCUCCGCCCGCCGCCGCCGCCGCCGCCGCCCCGAGCCUCUCAGAAAAUGAUGCACCCUGUUGCCAGCAGUAAUCCAGCCUUCUGUGGGAGCGGCAAGAGCUCUUGCCUGAACGAAGACAAUGUGAGGGCUGCGGAUCAGUUUGACCUCUACGCCACGCAGCAGAGCAAGUACAGCCACGCAGUCAGCCACAAACCCAUUGCCUGCCAGAGACAAGAUGCCUUGAACGACCCCCACUUGCAGACCACAAGUGGCAGGAAUAUAGAGACAAAAGAUGAACUAAAGAAAAAGAAAAACCUGAACCGCUCCGGGAAGCGCGGCAGGCCGUCAGGGACCACCAAAUCUGCAGGGUACCGAACCAGCACAGGGCGACCCCUGGGGACCACCAAAGCAGCUGGAUUUAAGACAAGUCCAGGCAGACCCUUGGGUACAACUAAAGCAGCAGGAUACAAAGUCAGCCCAGGCAGACCUCCAGGAAAAAAGCAGCAAGCCUUCAGGUGUUCCAGUGAUGCCUAACACAUUUUGAGCUGGACUUUUGCUGUACUUUACAAUAGGUGUGUUGAAUUGUUUUGGGGGAACUCUGUAUGGACUGGCAACUAAGACAAUGAACCUCAACUUUUACUGGAUGGCUCCUUAGUCAGUACAUGAACUAAUGGCAGCUAAAUUGCUACUAAGGAAUAGUUUCUUCAUGCUGAAGCUCUGAAAUCCAGUUGUUCUGUUCCUCAACAAACUCUCAAGUCUGAAAUUUAGCAGUCUCUCUCAGAAGAUGUAACUUCUGACACAUGCAAAAUGCUAACGUGAGUUCAUUCACCCUCAGGAUCUGUGUUGCAUUGGCAGUUUUUAAUCAGAUAAUUUUUCAACAAAAGACUGCUUUAAGUUCUUUCCUGAACUCAGCUGGGCAAGCAGUCCUCUUCAGCUGAAUGUGUAAGUGCAGGAGUGUCACAGCUCGCUGGCAAGGAACGUGUUGCAUGUCACCACUGUCCCUUGGAGAAACUCCACUCCUUACCUCCUCCUGCUGAUCCUGUUUGCUCCUGUCCGUUCCUCACUUGUGCAUCCACUCAAUGGUGCUGUGCUGUGUGUCAGGAGAUAAUGCAGAUGUAUUGCUGUUCUGCUAGUAUCAUUUGUAUUCAAGUAUGCUGAUGAAAUAAUGAAAUCACCUAAGCAAUUUCUGUUCAUUACAGUGGUUAUUAAUUAUAUCAGAUGAAAUAUAAUCCCAGUAAAAACUAAUUAAUGUUGUCAGUUGUGAAAUGAUGAGCAUCAAAUAGAAAAGUGUUCAGAGAGCCUGCAGUGCUGCUUGGCGCUCUGGAUUGAGGAAGGAGAUCAGAAGUGCACUGCUGGUGUUUCCUAAUUCUGCUUUAUUUUACAUCUGACUGGAGUUUACUGGUGCCAUGCAGUGAAGGGAAAAAAAAGAGGAGAUUCAAAGUGACUAGAAAUGGAAUUUUCAAAUGCUUCUGUUCUUCCUAUGUAUACUCUGCAGAAUACAUUGUGCUUUUUUCAACACUUUUUUUUUUCAUGAGAAACACUGAAACAGCAUGUUAAUGCCUAAACUUUAUUAGUACCAAUGGGAAAACUGGCAUUUUCCUCCCAUAGUAUGAAAACAUUACUUGUAAGGUAAAUUGCUUAUUUUAUAUUAUAUAUCAUAAUUCAGCUAUUCAUAAGCUAGGAUCACUGUUGUGUGUUAACACUGUUCAGAAGACCGACAUGUCAAGUUUAGGUUUUAAUAAUUUCUUUUAAUUAUCAAGUUUCUAAUGUCUUAUUUAUACAUAAAUGAAAUGUAUUAGCUUGCUAUUAUUCCUUAAUGAUGCUAUAAAGUUCACUGUUUAAGAUACAUAUAGUAACUACUAUUCAUUUUCUUGAUUAAAUUUACUUAAACUUUAAAACCAAAUAAUUUUGCUACUAUAAAGUCUUGCACUGGACAGAUUCAAGAUGCUAGCACCAUAUUUUGGCAGAAAAAAAAUCAGAUACCAUCAGAAGCAGCUGACUUUGGUAUCAAAGAUGGUAUUUUUAAAAUCAGCACUUAGCUUUGUCAUUAAAGCAAUGUUCUUUAUAUCUUGGACUUAGUUUAAAGUAAUCAAAUUAACUAGAGCCAUUAAAGAUCUCUCUUCUGAAUGAAUAUAUUUUCAUUUUGUCUGAAGGAUCUUAAUGUUCAGUCAGGACAAAAUGAAGCCUUGUCAGUGAAAAGUGAUGUAUCUGUGAAGAGAAUUACCUGGAACUACAAUACACUGAGUAAUUCAGAUGAGAAUUUAACUCCCUUCCCCAUUUUGAAGAGCUUUAAAAGGCAGAGCAAUGUGAAGUCAUUUGUGCAAUGGUUUCAUUAGCUGUGGCUCUGCUGGUCUUUGUUAUAUGUAUAAUAAUGUUUCAUGCUCCCCUUAGAGUUGACAGUUAAAACAGCUGAUAACAAUCAUAAAUACUUGGAACUGCAAACUUCAUUUCUGAUUACAAAAAGUUUAUUCUUCUCUAUUUUAAUGCAUAUAUUUUAACACUGCUAAAUAUAUUUAUGACUUUAGUAGACACUAGACCUUUCUCCUUGUGACUUUUUUUUGAAAUAGAAGAAUCUGUAUUCUGAAAUUUGAACCACUUUCUGUUCCUUCAGUCUUGCAUCAUUUGCUUUUCCACUGGUUUACUUUGGGGGUAACAGUAAUCUGUUAAGUAAUUAGUAUCAGCACCCUGUCCUCUGCUGUAAAAAGCCUGAUUAGAUACUGUGUAUGUUUUUAUGUCCAUGAACUUGAGCUACUCGUGUGCAAUUAUGUGUAUGGGAAUGGAGUAGUGUUCAUGAUCUGUAUUUACAUCAUCAUAUGGAUGUAUAUUUAUUAAUAAAGUUAAUACUUUAAAACCUAA